CUUUGCUAUUUUUAGACUAUGGCCAGUAGCCUCCUGCCUCAGAGGUUUUGCACCAGCCAUUCCCUCUGCCUGAGUGUUCUUUCUCCAGAGGGCUGCAGUGUUCAUUUCCUCAUCUUUCUCAAGUCUCUGCUCAGAUAGCACCUUCUCAGCAGGACUGCCCUGGUCACCUUUUGCAAAAUGACACAUACAUACCUGCAGCUCCUUGAUGUCUUUAUUCUUUUCCCUGAUACUUAUCGCUAUCAGACUUACUCUGGAGGUGUUUAUCUGGCAGCCAUGAUCCAGUAACUGCAAGUAGCUUCCAUGAGGACGGGGACCUGGUCUUUUUGAGUAUCUGCAUCCUCAGGGCUACAGUGGUGCCUGGCAUAUAUUAGGUACUCAAGAAAUCUUGAAUGAAUGCAUUGUUGUGGCCUACGGGGUGAGGUACCAUGAUGGGCAGCCUGUUUAGAAGAAUCACACGGCCAGAGCAGGGGAGGGCAGGUUCUCCAGAGACAGUAGGUGCAUAGACAGGGCUGCCAUGGGGAGAAUCACUGAGACCAGCACCACCCAGACUGUGCUUCUGUGCUCUGACAGCCAGACACUUUCCCAUACACUACUCCGUUAUUCCUCACAACCCCUGACGGGCAGACAGUAUCUAUCAUUCCCCUUUCACAGUCAAGAAACUAAAGCUCGGAGAGGCUGGGGUGUCUUUGCUAUUCAUGUGGGGAUUUAGGGCAAAACUCCUGUCUUUGGACUCUAAACCCCUAGGCUACAGCAACCCCUACCCCUGUCCUCCUCUCACUCCCCCAGGUCCCCUGCAGCGGAGAUCCGCUGGUGAGAGAAGCCAGCCCAGCCUCUCUGCUUCCUCCCUCCAGGGCCGGCUGGGCAGGGCAGUGCGCCUGUUGCAAGGGUUAACAAGGAGUGUUUGUAGCAGCCGCUGUCUCCAAGGAGAGGAGAGGAAAGCAGAGUAGGGAGGCUGCAGCCAUGCCAGGCAAUCCGGCUGGUGGUAGCAGCAGGUGGGAGCGGCGUCUGACUUGUCCACCCCUGGGGGCAGAAGGAGUGUCCUCCCCUCCACCUUGGCUGGGAGGUGCUGAUCUCUAAGUUCAACCGGGCAGUGGGAAUGUGAGGUCGCCACACGGCCACCUAACAGAGCCGGUUCUGACUGAGGAAUGUGGGGGGCGGGGCAGGCCCUGACCUGGCCUGGAGACUGAAGCGGAGCAAGCAGCCGCAGAGCCAGGAGUCCCGGGCUCUUCUAGAGUGGACAAGAAAGCUCUGAAUCAGAAAGGGCUGGGCUAAGACUCAAGGAACAAGUAAAGAGGCAGGAGUGGGACAGAAGAGGCGCCCACAUCCCUCCCUGCUGCAGCCCGGCCAUGUCCCAGCUCCCAGGACGCAGGAAGAGACGUGGGGCCCUGGGGCCUCCGGUGCGCAGCAUCCGUGCCUUCAAGUCCAGCGAGCAGUACCUGGAGGCCAUGAAGGAAGACCUGGCCGAGUGGCUUCGGGAUCUCUACGGGCUGGACAUCGACGCAGCCAACUUCCUGCAGGUGCUGGACACGGGCCUGGUGCUGUGCCAACAUGCCAACAUGGUCACCGAGGCUGCGCUGGCCUUCCUGGCAGAGGCACCUGCCCAAGCCCAAAGGCUUCCCAUGCCUCGGGCCAGGGUUUCCUGCAAUGGGGCUGCCCAGCCGGGAACCUUCCAGGCCAGGGACAACGUCUCCAACUUCAUCCAGUGGUGUCGAAAGGAGAUGGGCAUUCAAGAGGUGCUGAUGUUCGAGACCGAGGACUUGGUGCAGCGCAGGAACGUGAAGAACGUGGUGCUGUGCUUGCUGGAGCUGGGCCGCCGCGCCUGGCGCUUCGGCGUGGCGGCGCCCACCCUGGUGCAGCUGGAGGAGGAGAUCGAGGAGGAGCUGCGCCAGGACCUGGCCCUGCCCCUGCCAGACCCCCCGCGGCCCGCACCCCCCAUUCGCCGGCCCUGCCACUUCCAGAACCUGGACCAGAUGGUGCAGAACCUAGUGAGCCACUGUACAUGCCCAGUGCAGUUCUCCAUGGUCAAGGUGUCUGAGGGGAAGUACCGAGUGGGGGACUCCAACACCCUCAUCUUCAUCAGGAUCCUCCGGAAGCACGUGAUGGUGCGUGUGGGGGGCGGCUGGGACACGCUUGGCCAUUAUCUGGACAAACAUGACCCCUGCCGGUGCACAUCACUCUCACACAAACCAGUCGGCUUCCUGAAGCCUCCAGCUCCACCGGCGCAGCACGAAGUGAGGCUGCAGGAUGGACCCUCUCUGCCCCAGCCUACAAUGACCAUCAGCCGCUCGCAGAGCCCGCUUCCCCCCGUGGACUGGAAGAUAUAUACUGCUGCAGGCCGAAGGCUGAGACCUCCCUCCUCCUCCUCCUCCCCCAGGCCCUGCAGCGAACAGGGAGCAGGGGCUGCGGUCCUCAGACCGAUGGUUCCAUUUCGAAGGUCCCAGGAAAGGCUUCUUACUUCAUCUGAGAGGCAGCUGGCAGCUGGCAACAGCCCACCCAGUCCCCAGUUCUCAUGCACUCCUAGGAACCAAGACCUACAGUGCACCCCAUCAGGAAAGAGAGGGAUCAGACACCCCAGGGAACUCGCUAGGGGAAAGACUCCCGCAGCUUGGGUUCAUGGGACUGCCAGCCGAGGAACCCAUGCCAGGGCUGCCACUCCUCAGAGACCUCAAGCUCCUCAAGCCAUCACCAAAGGGACAUCAGCAAGAGGACCAUCUCCCCUGCCUCGUUCCUCUAGCCCAGCCAAGCCCCUGAGCCUUGUGCUGCCACCCCGGGGUGAGGCUGAGGGUGCAUCCCUCCAGCUCAGGGAGUCAGCAUCUAUCCGUUCUCCAUCCCCUGUCAAAGGGCUCACUAAGGUCCCCAUCUGGGUGUCCCCUGCUCGCCCUCCCACUCCAGGAAGAAGCUUUCCAGGUACUGUAAGUGCAAGACUCGCAGCAGAGCUGAGCAGAGGUCCCAGCCCGUUACAGGCUGUCACAGGAGCCUUGGCUGGGUGCAGGUAUGACAGCUCUGAGGAAGGAAGGAGGCAGGGGGACCAGCAGGCAGACACCCAGGCAGACACUCAGGCUGAAGAGGCUGGAGAGCCCCAGGACCUGGUCCCACAGGAACAGAAGGGGAGAGGUUCUCCCCUGCCCCGGGACAGGACCAAGGAGAAAACCGUCUACCACAGCCUGGAGGGGGAGAUUGUGAUCAACAUGAAGAGGCUCAGGGUGAGGGGUGCCCACUCCCAGAGCGCAGAGUCUCCAGUCGUCCCUCGAAGUGGAGUCUAUGUCCCCAGCCUGCGUGGACAGUGGCUGGAGCCUGGGGGUCCUUAUGACCAAGUCAUCCAGGAACUGGCUCAGGUUCCCCCACCCCUCGUUAAAGUGGACCUGGGAGCCUGGCGCGUGUCCCCUGCAGUCUCCCCUCAGCCGGCUGUUACUGCAGGCCCACAAAGCACAAAAGGGAAGCCAGGAGCCAGGCAGAGUGGGCCACUGACAAAGGCAAGCCUUAGCGCUAAAGACACCAAGAUGUGGAGGGUCUCACUUCCAGGAGGGCAGGACCGCUCAGCCCCUAAGCUGUCUGCUAGUCCUGAGGUUCCCACAUCUUUGCCCUCAGGCCCAAGUUCUGACAAAGCCAAGGGAUGUCUGGGCAAAGGGAGGAGAACACUCCGAAAGCCCAAGAGGGUCCCUUCCAUCUACAAGCUGAAGCUGAGGCCCAGGAUCCGGCCCCGGAGAGACCACAGACCUGAGAAGCAUCCUUCACGAAUCCCCAAGCCACUGGCCUACCUCUGCCUGGGCCCAACCAGGGCACCCCCCAGGGAGAGGCCAUUGAGAGCUGCCCUGGGCAAGAGAGGAGAAGUAUCCCAGGUGGGCAGAGCUUCAGCAAGAGAAGAGGAAGACAAAAAGAAGAAAGAGCCACCAGCUCCAGUGGAGAAGAGUCCCCAGCCUUUGGAGGGCUGGGGCCCUCAGCAACAUGAUCAGGCCCAGCUCCCCUCGGAGGAAUCCUGGGUCUGAGGAGCCUGCAGGAGGGGAAGGAGGAAAGCAAAAUGGAUGCCUGUGUAAGCAAGAGCAGAAGGGAGGUUCUCUCAUCUCAGUAGAGGAGGCUGGCCAGGAGGGCAUGCAAAGACAAGUAUAAACUCAAUCUGUUCCACGGAGCAAAGGGACAGCCAAUCACUCCCAUCCCAAUUCCAGCAUUAGCCCAAGUGCAUGGGGCGACUCUAUAUGGCAAUGUAUUUCCAUAGAAAAGUUCCCCCAACUCCUAGCCUCUCACCAGGGCCAUCUGUUCCCACAACUCUAUGUCCUCAAACACAUGAGUCUGUACUGGAGCCCCAGCGUUUGAGGUCCCCAACCCUAGGACUGUGGAGGUGGAGGAAAGUUUAGCCUCAAGUAUUAUCUCACUGGAGGGAGUUGCCAGGCCGAGGAGGCCUCCUCUCCAGAGACUGCCAACCUUCCAGACAGGCUUCUCUUUCCUGGAGGUGGCUGGCGGCUCAGAACCAUGGACAGAGACACGAACUGCCCAACACACAAGCUCCUGCAGGCCACCUUGUCAAGGACUUCAAAGCUUUGCCACGCGCCUUGGGAACCCAGCACAUUCAGAUGGCUAAGAGUAUUUCCAACAUAUCAGUGUUCCAGAAGCUAUGCCUGAGAGGCCACAGGGUCUCAACCCUGUGCAGGGAGAAGAUGAGGGAGAGGCUGGGAUUGGGGCCUGUUAUAAAGUUUGCAGAAAGAACAGCAAGGGGAAAAUUAUGCUUCCUCCUGGUUUGGAAUUGGGUGGAAAGGACAUCUGCCUCCGAACUCCUUUCCUUUGAUCUCACUGACCUGAGCUUUGGGACUGCCAACCACUUCAUCAUCGCCCCCCUGCCGCACACAGCUCAGCAGGCAGGCACAGCAGGGACCCGUCCCCUUCUUCUAUUCGGAACAGAGCCAACACCUCGGUACAGAAACGAGGGAAACACUCCCUGAUGUUUAAUCUGACUUCCAGUAACAGCCUAAUGGGCAUCACACACACUUCCAGACCCUGUGGUGGGAAACCCUGGUGGGGGGUGGGGAAGGACAGAGACUCAGAAUGGGUGUGGAGGGGCCUGAAAUCCACGACCUGGGGUGAAGCGCAGGGCUGUAAGUGGGGGGCUUUGGGAGUACAUUCCAUGGUUCCCACAGGGGCAGCCAGAAGUCUGGGCCCCCACUUCACCUCAGGUGCCUCAGAGUUGGGAGUAAGAGGAUAUGAGACGCUGCCAUCGGUCCCCCAUCCGUCUGGUGAACCAGGGAGUAAGGGUGCGAAGACGAGUGGGCAGCCCUCUUCCUUACCCUCCUGGCCACUCUCUGAAGUGUGGGGGAGGGGAGCCGCCACCUCUGUUUCAGAGGGAGGCUCAGAGAGGGCAAGUCACUUGCCCAAAGUCAUGCAGCACAGCAGGGACUAAAACCCAGUACAAUGGUCUGCCCAAGGUCAAGGCAGCUGCUGUAGGGCUGUGCUGCCCCCGGUGGGGGGAGGGAGUGGAGAUCGGUGGGGGAAGCACAAAGGAGAAUCAGAGAUUCCCCCCACACUGGAUCUUAAUGAUAAAUUCCCCACCCAUGACCUUCCCCCAGCCUCUUCUCCAUCAGCAUUCUGGGCUACCUGAUUUCCUGGCCUAUGUGCUGCAGCCCUGGCUAAGCUGGCAGAAGCUGGAUUGCUCUAUGUGCCCUUCCCCUUUAACCAAGGGUCCCUCAUAUCCCCCCACUGGGCCAGGGCCAAGAGCUCAGCCUCAAAACGAACUCUCUUUGGCCAGGGGCAAGGGACAUGGCACCAUUUCUUUCUCUCUCUCUCUCCCCAAGCCCCCCCAUUAACCCCUCGGGGCAUUUCCUAGAAUCAUUAUUAUUGUUAUUUCUAAAUCGGUACAAAACUGACAGUGAUCAGCUCCGGUGACGAGAGGUAGAAACCCGGCCAGGCAGCCGGAGAAAAUGGGGCGGAGUGAGUUAGGGCAUAGGGCCAACUGGUGUCGGGACACGGGGUGUCAGAUCCUGAGGGCCUCCACCAACAGGUGGGGAUGCAGGCAUGUCUCCUCCAGGCACAGGGAUCCCCGUAAUUCUUCUCCCGGCUCCUACCCAGAAGAAUCAGGGUACCCUGAGAUCGGAGGCAGGCAGAAUUUGGGGGUAAUCAGAGUGGGGUGGGAUAGGGAGGCAGAAUCGUCACUGGCACAACCUGACCCCUUCCUGGGCACCACCCUGCCCACAACCAACAGACCCCAGGACUCUACAUCCCCCAAUCUGGCAGAUCACCUGGUGCAGGAGGUAUAGAGGACUGGAACCUGGCAUCAUGGGAAGGAAUCUAUCCUUUGGGGGAAUUCCCUCCCCACACUAUUAAAACAAGUUUUAACCCA